GGGAAACCGCGGCGCACUGCCAGCCACAAAGGCGAGGAACGCCUCGAUAACGCUUUGCUGUGGAUGCAACACUGUAACCAGCGCUGUACGCUUUGGUGGAAUUUAUCCCCUUCGUUUUAAGAAUGGGGUCUGCAAGGGGGGUGACCAUUACACCCAUUGCUAUCCGAUUCCGAUAAUUUGAAUGAUUGAAAAGGUCACGCCUGCUCGAACUGUUUUGGACAUUGGAAGCUAUACCAGUACGGACGAUUUUAUACGAAAAGCGCCUCGAAAAUUGAUCACUUUUAGCUAUCGUGACCUCGUGAAUGGAAUUGGGACCUUCGCCUAGAUCGAUGAAGCUGAUAUAACUUUAGAGGAAAUGAUAAAGGAAUGGAAUUCAUGCUGAGAAUCGAUAUCACACCGCCAAGAACUGAAAAAGACGAUUUCCGGUGGUUUGAAAUGCAGCCACUGAUUCCAUCUGGUAACCCUGCAGCAGCAGCAGCAGCAGCGGGAAUGAAACUAAAGUUCAAUGUUUGCACUUAACUAGAUCCCAUUUAUCUCCCCCCGUUAUCAGUAAUGGCGCUCGAGCUUGUCUUCUCGCCUCUGAUAGCACGGUUCUCCAUCACCGUAGAGCGUAGAGAGAAUAGUGUAAAUUUUGCGAAAAAUCCUUUCGCGGCAUCAGUCUUCGAGAAAGACAGCCACAGCAAAGGGGCAGAGGGAGUGGUAGAGAGAGAGAAGGCGAGUGGCCGAGGGCACAAAGGAGAACGUCAACGUGUCUUAUCUGUUCGUACGGUGGGUUGCAAGCGGUUGGCGGACAAUCCCGGGCCCACCGGGGUGCAGGAAGACCAAUUCACGUACGAGAAAGCCAUUUAUCACCCCCUGAUGGUUGUUGUUGCGCUUCCCUUUUCGUCCACACUCCAGUACGCUCGGGCACUGCAACCCGGGCGAAUGGCACCGAACGAGAAUGGCAGCAUCGAGGAUGGGCUCAAUACGGCGACCGGACUCACCGCUAUUCCGCUUCACGAACGCGUGUCUGAUCCGUCGGUGACUGCCGGUGCUCAUAACGACGAUGACCGUAAGCGGUCCGAGCAAGAUUUGGAAUCGCAACCAUUCACGGCCGAGCUAAUCGUUUGCUAUGACAGAAGUCCUCUUCCGGAAGACAUUGGCGACAGUGUCUACCACCGAAGUCACAACGGGCCAACCAGCACAAUCGGUGAUCUUAAGGUGAUCGGUUGGAAGGAGGGAUAUCAGCAGGUGCUUGCUACCUGUCUCGUGAAUCUGAUCGUCGUCCAGGCAGGGAUCAACAUGACGUACUCGGCGAUCUUGCUGCCGCAGCUCUCGGAACCCGACAGCCCAAUACGGAUUGGCCGGAACGAAGCAUCAUGGAUAGCGUCGGUGGUGACGAUCGCGUUACCGCUCGGUUCCCUCGUCGUCGGUCAGCUGAUGGAUCAGUUCGGACGGAAGAAGGUGUCGCUAGCUACCUGCGUACCGUUCGCCCUCGGCUGGAUACUGAUCGCCGGUGCAUCGAACGUGAGCAUGAUCUACAUCGCACGCAUCAUUCUCGGUACCUCGGGCGGCCUCACAACGGUGGCCCUCGUGUACGUUAGCGAGAUAUCGCACGUCUCGCUGCGUCCGAUGCUACUCUGUGCGAACAGUGUGUUCGUUUCGUUCGGAAUUCUGCUCACCUGUGUGCUGGCGGUCUUCUUUGACUGGCGUGCCAUAGCGUACAUCUUCGCCGGGUUUUCGAUCAUUACCUUCCUGCUGUUACUGCUGAUCCCCGAGUCACCCCACUGGCUCGUUACGUUCACGAAAAAGGAUGCAUCGAAAGCUCGCGGCGUUCUCAACUGGCUGUACCGUGACAAGCAGCUUGCCGAGGAACAGUACCGACAGAUUGUGGCCAGCGCUAGCCCCCGGCACCGGUUGCCAGUGACGAACAGGCGCAGCAGUGCGCUGCUGGGUGCCCUCUCGCCGAAAGUGUUCCUGCAACCGCGCGUCUACCGGCCGAUGACCAUACUGCUGCUCGUGUUUCUCUUCCAGCAGCUGUCCGGUGCGUACGUGCUGAUCUUCUACGCGCUGAACGUGUUUCAGGAAAUCAACGCAAACGACAGCGAACAGCCGACAUUCAACCAGUACACGGCUCUCGUCGUGCUGGGGUUGAUACGGUUCAUCAUGUCCAUCGUGACAUCGGGCUGUUCGCGCAGUUUUGGCCGCCGGCCACUCCUUUGUCUCUCCGGGCUGGCGAUGGGACUGUGCAUGACCGGGGCCGCCCUAUUCAUCGAGCUCGGUUGGAAUGUUUCGGCCACCGGUAGCUACGCGUUGCUCGUCUGUGUGCUGGGUUACGUUUGCUCUAGUGCCCUAGGAUACCUUGUGCUACCGUGGACCAUGAUUGGGGAGCUACUACCGACAGAUGUGAAGGGUAAGCUGGGCGGUUUCACCGUGUCCGUCGCGUACGUGCUCAUGUUCGGUGUGGUCAAGGUGUUUCCCUAUCUCCUGGAGCUGGUCGCGAUCCGGGGCAUCUUUUAUCUGUAUGCAGCGACGAGCUUUGCCGGCGUCGCGUACAUCUACUACUACGUGCCGGAAACGUUUGGAAAAAGUUUUGCCGAAAUUGAGCGACACUUUGCGACGAACCCCCACCAAUCGGACGAUGGUGAACAGAAGCGGUUGCGGAGUGCUGGCAACAAGUGCGAUACUUAAGUAUUAAGGAUCCCAUUUUGAAAAGAAACUAACGCUAGCGAGAUAAUCGACCCCUUUUAGGACGGGAUCUAUUGUUAAGGAUGAGCGUGUUGGAGUGUUUCUGGUGUUUUUUUUUCCAUAUGGAAUUAUUAAUGAUCCCAAUGCUUCCGGUAGGAAGGAGUCUCACAAGCAGGGAUAGAAUAGCUAAAGUAUGAUCGUGAUAGGUGGAAACAGUUACCGAGCACCAGCAGCAGUGGUUGCGACUGAGGGAUGUAAGAAAAUUCGAAAACAAUGUCUUCCAACGUGAACGUGAACGUAAGAAAAUGAAGCAAAACGCAGUACCUUGAUGUGAAACCAAACGAUGUAUGUAAUCAGGAGCCAAUCAACAAGUUAAUACGAGGCUAUCUCAAAAUAGGGUAGAAGAGCUGAAAAGACUUGUGGAGGGGUGAAGUCAGUCCUCCCAAAAACGCACCUCAAGCAGGUGUGCGUGGAAUGUAUAGGACCAAGGCGAUUGGGCGAUUGAAUGAAAAUCAUAUAUUUUUUUAAAGUAACAAAAUUAGUUUCUAAGUGAUCCGCUGUACAACGAAGACAUAUGAAUAUAUGCCAUUUUUGGAUUUACAAUUUCUGCA